UAUCACGCUGCACAACACGUGUUCAUUUACAGUUAAAAGUGGGCGUACCGAAUGUCCACAUUUCACCAACAACCAUGAAUCUGUACGCAUUCAUAACAUUCUCUAUCGUAAGUCUCUGCUUUUGCGAAGAAUGUCGCUUAAACACCCGAUCACCAGAAAUGGAAACAGAAAGGAACUUAAGGAAAAAGCUUACUAAAUGCUACGCCGAAAUUUUGAAGCCCCCGGUCAAUAAAAACUCAAACACGGUGGUCGUGAAGAUGGAUUAUCUACUUCAGUCCUUCAAUUUUGAUCCUAACGAAGAGAUACUGACGUUAUACAGCUGGAACUAUUUCGACUGGCAAGAUGAUAGAUUGACGUGGAAGCCUGAGGAUUACAAGGAUAUAAAGUCGACGCAAGUUUCAAGUUUUGACAUUUGGAGUCCGGGACUGAAGUUGAUCAAUACGGCAGAUGCGGAUGAUUUUGACUUCUUCUACACAAAAUGCAGGUUGAACAGCACAGGUCACGUAAGGUGCGUUAUUCGGACAGAACACAAAGUCUUCUGCACUUCUGACUUAACCAAUUGGCCUUAUGACACAAAGAGCUGCACGCUCCAAUUUGACCAGUGGAGACCACAGGAAACCAAAGUGUUCUUCAACUUGAGCCAUAUUAAAUUUGUAAUGCAGGCGUAUCUAAAUGCUGGAUGGAUGAUCGCUCGCGAAAAGAUCUUCAAGAAUUUGACAACUGGAAUACAGUCUGCCGUUAAGUUCGAUUUUGAAAGACUCGCAGAGGGCUUAGAAGCUAUUAUCGUUGUGCCAGCUUUUGUGAUAAGUGUGCUGACAGUGACGGCUCUCCUGUUAGACUAUAGACACAUCAACCGAUUAGGGAUACUGUUCAUGUCUUUGAUCAGCCAUUUCAUCUUCUCUAACGAAGUAGCCGAUAACGUCCCUAAGCAUAGUGCAAAUACUCCUGUCAUAUUGUCGUUCAUUAGCUGCUCUACUCUUGUGACUGUUAUUUGCUUUGUAUUGUCGUUUUACUUUAAAUUUUUGGGAAAGUUGAAAACACAACCACCUACGUGGAUUGUUUCUUAUAAUGAUUUUGUAUUUGACGGCUAUGGAAAAUAUGGAGUAUUUACAAAAUGGGAGGUGAUUGAGCAAGAUCCGGAAGUUAAACCGAAUGUAGAAUGGGUUAACUUUAUUAGUAUUGCUAAUAGCCUCUGUCUCUGUAUCGUGAUUAUUACUUAUAUAUAUUUGCUGUCGGCUUAUAUACCAAAGAAGCCAGUCUUCACAUUCGUUUUCGAUAUAGCUUAAGGGAGUAGUACCUAACUUCCGUGUUUUAUUA